GAACGCACUGAAAACCUCUGCUGCAUUAAAACCUGCACGAGAGAAGGUCGCUCCUGCUGGAAGAAGCUCGCUCCACGUUUUCUGUAAACAUGCGUGGAAAAACGCGCGUGUGCUAACUGGGUUUAGCUGUAACCCGCACUCCAUAGAAGAACCGUGCUCGUUUUUAAGGUGGACGAAAGGAUUUAAUUAUGGCUUCAGAAGUUCUAAAGCUGCUCGUCUUUGGGUUUUUUUCGUGUUCGGUCAGUUUGACUGUUGGUGGGGGGCCAUUUGGUGGUUUGGAAACCUUGGUGGUGCCCGAUCGAGUACCCAGUGUGCACUUGUCUCAGGAGGAGAUCCGGAAACUACACUUCAAACCCACUGUGGGCACCAUCCAGUGUUUCGAGGGUUCUGAGGUCACAUUCAACUGCUCAAUUGACUUUGCUGACAUGGGACAGGACCUGAGUAUCCUAUGGUUCAAAGAUGGCAAGGAGAUACUUGAUGGAACACAGACCGCUGUACACAGUCAUGGAACAGUAAAUCUGAUGUCCAUUAUCAGUAUUAAGAGCGUUCAGCGAGCUGACUCUGGUGAGUACCAGUGCAGACUGAGCGUCAGUAACAAAGUGAUUGAGUCAAAUCCCAUCAUUGUUGAGGUUGCUGGUUUACCAACCUUUACAAAACAGCCAAGUGAUGUAAAUGUAAGCAGGAGCAGCUCUUUCACGUUGACCUGCGAGGCUGUGGGUCCCCCGAAUCCUGUCACUAUUGUGUGGCUUCUCCAAGGCCAGAGGUUAAACCAUACCAGUCUCUCUCCAAGCACCAUAACUAUCCCAGGUGUGGACUCGCCCACUCAAUACAGCUGUGAGGCUCACAAUACCAAAGGAGUCACGGUUUCCAGAGAGGCUCAGGUCAACAUUAAAGACAUUCCAGCCAAGGUCUCCAAAAUUACUGUGGUGAAACGUGAAGCAAACAAACUAAACUUAAGUUGGACUCCUGGACAUGAUGGCUUUUCCCCACUGAAAGACUGCCACAUCACUGUGAGAGAGCUGGUCAGAGAGUCGGGCAGCCCUACUAAGGUGCACAAAGUGUCAAUCCCUCCUUUUUUUUACGAGAUCACUGACCUGAAAGCCAUGACCUGGUAUAACAUGAGUGUGUACUGCACAAAUGAGAUUGGCCCCUCGCUACCCAGCUCCUGGGUCCAGACCAACACAACAGAAGGAGUCCCUUCAGUGGCCCCUCAGAAUGUUACUGUUCAUGUAAAUGAGUCCAUGCUGCUGGUACGAUGGGAGCCUCCUCCUCCCGACAAGAUAAACGGGAUCCUACAAGGAUAUGAUGUCAUUGUCAAUGAUGGGAUAUAUGUCAAUAAGAUUCGCAGUAUCUCUACACAGGCAGCAGUGGCCAUGCAGGAGUUUAACACUACAUAUACUGUGGAAGUGAUGGCUUGCACACAGGCUGGAUGUGGAGUUAGAAGCUCUCGUUACUCUGUCUUUGUCCCAGUGAUUGAUAUGCCCUCCCCAUCUUCCAGUCCAGAUGCACAUGGUUCAGACUCUGUGUACAUUGUGUUUGCAAUCAUUUGCGGUGUCUGUCUUGUGAUGUGUUUGAUGUUUUUUGCUAUAUGCAUGCGUACCCGGAUGCUAGAGACUCAACUAAGGAGGUUGCUUGGAAUUGGAGCGAAGCUUUCACCCACCGUUGAGUACAUACCUCAGAGGUCCUACAAUCGAUCGGCAGUUGAAAUUACACUCACAAACCUGGGUGUCAGUCAAGAACUUCAGACCAAGCUUCAGGAUGUGAUGAUUUUAAGAAAUCUGCUUGCCAUCGGAAAAGUCCUUGGAGAAGGGGAGUUUGGUUCCGUAAUGGAGGGACAAUUAACUUGGCCUGAUGGAACGAGAGAAAAAGUCGCUGUGAAGACAAUGAAAUCUUUUCUUCCAGUGGAUAAUUUCUCUCAGAGGGAGAUUGAAGAGUUUCUGAAUGAGGCUGCCUGCAUGAAGGACUUUAACCACCCCAACGUAAUUCGGCUACUAGGUGUAUGUUUAGAUGUGGGUCCAGGCCACUUCCCCAAGCCGAUGGUCAUCCUUCCCUUCAUGAGGUACGGAGACCUGCACAGCUUUCUUCUUCGAUCCCGGCUUGAAAGCAGUCCAUUGCAUCUCCCAACUCUUUUGAGGUUUAUGAUUGACAUUGCUUCGGGAAUGGAAUACCUCAGCAGCAGAAAUUUCCUACAUAGAGACCUUGCAGCACGGAAUUGCAUGUUACGAGAUGACUUGACUGUCUGUGUGGCGGACUUUGGCCUGUCAAAGAAGAUUUACAGUGGAGAUUAUUACAGACAGGGCAGGAUAGCCAAGAUGCCUGUAAAGUGGAUUGCUGUGGAAAGUCUAGCGGACCGAGUCUUCACCGUGAAAAGUGAUGUGUGGGCAUUUGGUGUAACCAUGUGGGAGAUAGCUACUCGAGGUAUGACUCCAUACCCUGGUGUCCAAAACCACGAGAUUUAUGACUACCUCUUGGAAGGCCACAGGUUGAAGCAGCCAAAUGACUGCUUGGAUGAACUGUAUAACAUUAUGUUAAGCUGCUGGUGUGCCGACCCUGUGGACCGGCCUGAUUUUUCAAAGGUGAAGGAGAUGCUGGAGAAGCUGGCAGAGAAGUUUUCUGACAAGAGGGAAAUCAUUUACAUCAACACCACUGUCUCUGAGGAGGAACAGCUGGCACAGGUACCCUUAGAGGGCCCUGUUCUCACCUCCUCACCAUCCUUCAGUCGCCAGACCAUGGACACCUCCAUAGUGACCGUGGACGUUCACGAGAGCUCGGCUGCAGAUGACGAUGACCGUUACGUUAUCGUUGUCCCCUCAGAGGACCCUGGUGCAUCGGGACAGAGCAGCACUGUGGACACUCUACUUUUACCUGCGACGAAUUCAGAGCAGAACGCUGUUGACUCAACAGAACUGCAUCAAGUCUCUAGUGAGACAACACAUUUGCUAUGAACUACAAACUGCAAACUUAACAGCUACAUUUUGUUUUGUCUGAAAAAAAAAAAUCUGAUUUUUCCUUUUGGAAUCUUCCGCUACAAACCUUCAAAUGAUAUCUAAUUUGACUUGAUUAUUAAGUACCAGGUUAGAAGCAGUGUGUGAAAGUAUAUAUGGAAACAUAGAUGCUGGUGUGUUUCUGCCACCGUAAGUAUAUAUGGCCAAUUUAGUUAAAUUCACUUGUGUAAGUUUUUUUUUCUUUUUUUUUUUCUUCUCAGUAGACAUUGUCAUAAAUCUGCUUUACAGAAAUCUGUGUCUAGAUCAAGCUGAGGUAGACCGAAAAUAACCUUCCAUCCAGCACAAGGAAGGCUUUUUGGGGGGGACUCAAAAAAAGUGACUCCAUCCUUCUCUACUCUGCACAUAAGGAUAUCAGCCAGAUGUUUAAGGCUUUGAGGGAUUCACUGCAAUUUCAAACUCAAAAAUAAUGCAAUAGUAUUGUUAACGGUGUACGUUUAACAGAUCUUAUGUACAUAAAAUUAAAUAUAUAUAUUCUUGCAGUUGGAAAUAUGAUGUACAUGAAUAGUCCAGCGAUUUUAAAAUUGUGUUGCUAUGUGUAACAGGUGUUUCUGAAAUUAAUUGCAAAUAUAAAUAUGUUGCUUGUUAUUAAACUAUAUUUUUGUUUA